AAAUCCAAUCAAGUGGAACGGGAGCCACACGAAUCAGGUGGAAACUUGUAUAAUAGCCACACGGCUUGCCCCCGAGACAAUUAAUGGAAACAAGAAAUCUUGUUGAUUCGCAUCGAGAAAAUUUAAAGUGGUAUUAAACUCGCCACUCACUACCAAGCAUGUCAGAUUUAUCAUCGCUACCUAAAUAUUUGGAAUCAUACGCACAACAUAAAACGCCUAGUAGCAAGGAUUGGAAAAACUAUUGGUUGGUAUUAAGAGGGAAUGUCAUAUUCGUUUUUGACAGUGGCAACGGUUUCCGAGAUUAUGAAGCACAUAAGGGAACGCUUACUGUAAAUUUACAAUCUGAAGUACGAAAUGUUUCGGUAGACAAGCAUAAAAAGUAUAAGUUUGAAUUAGUAACGAUAGCUCAUAAUGGAACGAAAAAAAUUAAUAAAUUUAAGUUCGAUAAUGAAGUACUCGGUGAAACUUGGAGAGGUUUUAUAUAUGGGUUAAGUAAGGGUGAUGUACCACAAGAUAUUCGUCUUACUUUUGACAAGAUUUCAAACAUUCGAAGAACUAUUGCGCCUUUCGUUUCGGGAAUAAAGCACUCACCUAGACAUGAUAGGGAGGAUGAUGAUGAAGAUUAUGCGGGGGCGCAUUCACGGCAAAACAUGAGAAAACGACAAAGUGAACCAAUGAUACAAUCUCACGUUUGGCGAAAAACUGUCGGUGCAACCUCAAACUUAAGAAUUAAUUAUGACGGCAAUAAAGAAAAUCACGAUGACCCAACGGGUAGACGUCAACAUAGAACCGAAGCUUUCCGAAGACGGCCGAAUUCUUCCCGAGAAUUAGGUAUUAAUGUAUCUGUACCAAUGAGAAGUUUAGGAGGAACGUACGAAGAAUUCUCUCGUCAAUACGGAACUCCAAUUCCACAAUUUCAACAAAAAGCAAAAACGAUGCAUGCGCAUAAAUUCUAUAGAGUCGAAAGAAAUCAAACUGUUCCAAGUUGGUUUUUCGAAGGCUGUUCAAGGGACGAUGCCGAAGCUAUUUUAAUGUUGGGAAAGAGAUUUGGUAAUGUACUUAUGAGGGAAAGUGUAACUUUCAAAAGCUCUAGGAGCUACGUAAUAUCUGUUAGAAGAGAUAAGAAAGAUGGAACACAACUCAAUCACUAUGAAGUUAAGCCUCACGGAGACGGCUAUAAAUUAAAUGUUGAAAAUCCUCACGACGAAAUGGCGUGCCUGAGUGACGUAAUGAAUUUUUUUGUUAAAAUUAUUGGCCGAGAUAUCUCUGCCAUGACAACAAAUAACCUAAAAGAAAUUGGCUUCUUAAAAGAAGAAGGCAGACAUAAACGAUUUAGUCCAACUGAUAGUGGAUUUGAAGAUCCUAUUGACCCAUCCGAAAAUUGGCGUAGAAGUUCCGAUGCUGAUACCGAAUAUUUAGAAGCUAAUAAUCGUCCUAUAUUAGAUAACAAAGAAUCGACACCAACACGAGGUAGAGAUGAGGUAUCAGCUUCGCCGAAAUCUGAUUUUUCCCAACUUAUUGGGGAAGCAAGCAGGAAUCUUCGACAAACUUCGAAGGUGAAUAAUACAAAUGACCCUCCUCCUCCCCUGCCGGAUGGUCAUCCUGUUUUGGGUAAAAACAGUACGCCUACGACUAAAGCUGAUCAAGCUUCAAAUUCAAUUCAAAAUCGAAUGAACGUAGCUACUGCAAACGGUUUAACUUUUCACGACGAACUACGCCAACGUUUAGCACAGAAAAAGGAACAAAUCUAUUCAAACGCCGAAGAGGCAAAGACGCCGUAAGCUUUCUUUAGCUUGAAUUUCUUUUCAAAAUUACCACCGAUCAUAGAAUAUAAAAUUGGAAUUAAUCAAAUUAUCUUCGUACAAGAUAAUAAAUCAACAAUAUAUAUAAAUGUAUACAGAACAGAAAUAAUAUAAUUAGUUGUCUUAUUUAAAAAGUAUUGAAAUGUAAUACGCAACUGAAGUAUUAUAUUUACUAGCGAGCUAUCCGGAUAAAAUCGAUCUAUUGUUAAAUGCUGAGAGUUAUAUAAGACAUUUCUAUGUUUUAAAUGAAUUUUGAUAAUAAAUUAACAAUAUAAAUUUUAGAUUAUUUUCUUCUACGAACAUAUUGUGAAAGUUUUUUUUAUAUGAUGUUUUCGUUUGAAUACUUUUAUAGCAAUAAAUUAAUUAUUUUUAGUGUUGAGUACUUAAAUUUAAACACAGAAUACAAUAUAAUAAAAUUGUUAUUUGAGA